AUGGCUGCACCUCUCCAGUUACGCUGCUACUCUUUUUACGUUUCGAGAGGGUUGCAUGGCGUCGCAAAACGAAAUUCCCAACUCAUUGUUCCUGUAAUUCGAAUUGCAAGAAGUAGUAAAUUUUCCUCUGAGACAUUGCAUCAAACAGUUUCAUUACACUCUCGGUCUCAGAGCUGGGACUAUGCGCCUUUCAACUUCAACUUCAACUUGGAUGACCCGUCUCUACCACAGUUCCUGGAAUUCCUCAAAAAGAUAGCUCAUUCGUCACCGCAAGCCGAGGGUCUCCACUUAUCAAGUUUCCAAGCAAACAGGGAUUUGAUAUGUUCCGCUAUUUGGGCAUUGAGGGAGGAAUGGAAACCUGCAUUGCUUGCUUUUAAAUGGAAUUGCCAUCAUAACGAUGAUAAAGUUUGCAACUUGAUGAUAUGGGUCUUGGCAACUCAUGGAAAGUUUUCCACUGCUUGGUGCAUCAUUCGAGAUAUGCAUCGUUCCUCUCUCCCCACGCGUCAGGCUUUGUUUAUUAUGAUUGAUAGAUAUGCAUCUGCAAACAACUCAGCCAAGGCUAUUCAAACAUUCAACUUUAUGGACACGUUCAGAUUGACUCCUGAUCAGGAAGCAUUUCAUGCACUUUUGGCUGCUCUUUGUAAAUAUGGAAGCGUUGAAGAGGCUGAAGAGUUUAUGCUGGUAAAUAAGAAGCUCUUCCCACUUGAGACUGAGAGCUUUAACAUUAUUCUUAAUGGAUGGUGUAACAUAACAAAGGACGUAUAUGAAGCAAAAAGAGUUUGGAGAGAAAUGUCAAAAUACUGUAUAACACCCAAUGGUACUUCAUAUAGCUACAUGAUUUCCUGCUUCUCAAAGGAAGGGAACCUUUUUGAUUCUCUUAGACUCUAUGAUCAGAUGAAGAAAAUGGGAUGGGUCCCUGGGAUACAGAUAUACAAUUCAUUGGUAUAUGUUUUAACUCGUGCCAAUUGCUUGAAGGAAGCUCUCAGGACCAUAGAUAAGUUGAAAGAACAAGGUUUGCAGCCUGAUUCUUCUACCUUCAACUCCAUGAUACUCCCACUUUGUGAAGCUGGAAAACUAGCUGAGGCAAGGAUAGUAUUUAACUCAAUGGCAGAGGAAAAUGUUAGUCCAACCACUGAGACCUACCAUGCAUUUUUUGAGGGGACAGAUUAUCAAGGAUCGUUGGAAUUUCUGAGUAGGAUGAAGGAAUCUGGUUUAGGUCCAAAUAAGGAUUCCUUCCUCAUAAUUCUGACAAAAUUCUUAAAGUUGAAGCAACCUGUAAAUGCCCUGAAAAUUUGGACAGAAAUGAAGGCAUAUGAUGUGGUCCCUAGUUGUGUGCAUUACAGAAUAAUGGUUGAAGGGCUUGUAACGUGUAGGUGGUUCAUAAAGGCCAGAUAUUUUUAUGAGGAAAUGAUUUCAAAUGGAUGUUCAGCGGAUCCAAAGCUUAAUAAGCUCAUUCAGAAAGAAGUACAAGUACUUGAUCGUGGUGAUAAAGGACAACAGAAUGUAAAAAAUGGUAAUAGUAGUAAAGAGAAGCUGAUGCUCCCCAUAUUUGCCAUUCCACAUUCUACCACGGAGCAUACCAUAUUAGCACUUACUGCUAAUAUUGGAGCAGCAGAUGUACGGAGAGCACUGGAAAAUAUUGAGUGA